UUGCGGCCAGAUUCGAGAAAAGUCGCGGCGGUGAAGGAAUCCCCGGUUCCCAUGUCACUGACGCAGGUUCGAGCCUUCUUGGGGCUGGCGUCAUACUAUCGGCGCUUCAUCAAGGGCUUUGCUGUGAUUGCACGAACGCUAACGAAUCUGUUACGGAAGGACCAGCCACUCAAUCGGGACGCGGAGUGCCAGCAGACCUUUGCGACCCUCAAAGACACUCUGGGAGCAGCCCUUAUUUUAAUUCGACCGGACCCCGCGAAGCAAUUCAUUCUCAUCACGGACUGGCAAUCGGAAGCUAUUUCCGCUAUUUUAGCACAGAAAGGGAACGAUGGGCUCGAACACGUCAUCGAGUACGCGUCUCGAACCGUGCCAGACGAACGUAGAAACGACUCCGCACUUCAAGGCGAGUGUUAUGCGGUAGUUUGGGGAAUCCAUCACUUCCAUCCGUAUCUCUACGGACAAAAGUUUCGCCUCGUAACGGAUCACGAGCCUCUGCUGGCACUGAAGAAACUCACCAACUACACGGGCAUGAUUGGCCAUUGGGCGGUGCGACUGCAAGAAUACGACUUCGAUAUCGUCCAUCGAAAGACAGAGCGACACGGUAACGCGGACGGGUUGACACGUUUGCAUCGACCUGCCAAGUCUGCGCGGGCUCCCACCGUCUCCCACCGAGUUAAGGAGAACAGUGCACCGCUACUGAAUGAGGGGAAGUGGGACGCGUGGUGGGAGAACUAUAUCGAGCUCGCUUUCUGCCUAUUGGAGAUAGAGUUCCGCAGGUCAGAGGCGGCCCCAUUCGGAGAAGGGCCGGAGCACCCAGAAGACAGCGUGGAGUUUCUGAUCAUCCAAGCCUGGAGGACAGCAGAGCAUGGCGACCUGCUGGGAUUCCUGUUCGGGAAGGUGGAGGACGGCAAUCUCACCUUGAUCACGGACGAAUUGCUGGUGUUUUUGGCACAGCUGGCGGACGAUCUGCCCCUGGAUAUCUUGUGGCGUAGUGACAAUCAGCCUGGCACCCAAGUGCUGUCUCGAACGCUCGAGCCGCACUUCAUGUGGUCCUCGUGCACAGAAAUCGACGCGGAUAAUUGUCUCUAUCCCUCCCAGGCGCUCUAUUUGGAGAUCAAAGUUACCGAUCUCACGUUUUGGGACCCGAUCGCGAGGCAAAACGUGGCACAGGACGAGGAGAUAAGAGGAGCCGACGAAGAAGAGGAAGAAAAAGUGCCAUCGAGUGAGGAAAGGGAUGAUCCGGACUACGUACCCAAAAGAGAGGCAAGGAUAGUUGACGAAUCAAACCAGCCACAGGCGCAGGACGAGGGGGUGGAACCAGAAGAAGAAGAAGAAGGAAGCAGGCUAUCAGGAUCGGAGUGCGAAGGAUUGGAGGCUGAAGUGCACGACGCGGCGCGAGAGCGAGCACUAGAGCGGAGGAAGCGAAAGCGCCAGGAAACCGCGGUUGGAAAGCGACUCGCAACAACGUAUCCUCUGUCGAUCCGUCGAUCGCCGACCCGUGGCGUGAUCCAGAGCCGCCAGAAGAGGAAGGCGAUGGAACCACAGCAGAGGGAUCACAAAGCAGAAGAAGAAGAAGUGAAUCGCCAGCUCCCUCCGGCUCCCCGUCCCGAUCCUCCCUUCGUCUAUAUCAAGAUCUCGGCGUUCGGGCUUCGUGCCCGACUGGCGGGAAUAUAACCAUGUAGAAGUAUAUUGUACUGCGAAAAUUAUGAAGA